AUGGACGACCAGUCACAGCCGAAAUCAACGCGUCGCGGCGCGCUCAUCGUCGUCGAGGGCCUUGACCGCGCAGGCAAGUCCAGCCAAUGUGAGAUGCUACGAGACUACAUUUCGGAACAAGGCAAUGCAGUGAAAUACAUCAGAUUCCCAGAUAGGACAACACCCAUUGGGCAGCUUAUAGAUAGCUAUCUGCGCGGCUCAGCUAACCAAGACGAUCACUCCAUCCACCUCCUCUUUUCAGCGAACCGCUGGGAAGUGGCCAAGAGUAUAGAGCAAGAUAUUGCAAGCGGAAUUACAGUUAUUGUAGAUCGCUACUCUUACUCUGGCGCGGUUUACUCGGCCGCCAAAGCCAACCCCACCCUCUCCCUUGAGUGGGCAUGGCAACCCGAGCUCGGCUUGCCCCGUCCAGACAUCUGCCUAUUCCUCAGCAUCUCUGCUGAAGAGGCAGCGAAGCGCGGAGGUUAUGGAGCUGAACGUUAUGAGAAUGAGGCCAUGCAGACGCGUGUGCGUGAGUUGUUCCGCACGCUGUUUGGUCGACAGGAAGACAUUGAGAUUAUCGAUGCUGGGAAGACACUGGAUGAGGUAUCACGGGAUAUCCAAAGUGCUGUUUCAGAUUGCAUUGCGCGCCUUGAUUCGAUCGGGCCGCUGAAGGUUCUGGGACCUCUUGUCAACUAA